CGCCGCCUCAAUGCUUGUGUUGCGAUGCUUCCGGUUCCCGGGUGCAGUUCGCAAGCUUCUCUGCGCGCGGGGCGAAAGAGCGCAGGGGAGGCGGGGUGAUCCCGCUUGCUUACUCGGGACAUUGCCCAGAGUUCAGAUGAUCGCUAAAUCUCCCGUGCUGGUUCUAAGCUGCUUCUUAGUCCUUUAUGGUGGUGCUUUGUUGUAUUAGAAUCGUAGAGUUGGAAACGAUCCCAAAGAGCUCAUCUGAUCCAACCCCUGCAGUGCGGUAUUUUGGCCAUCAUUAAUUGCAUCUCAUGCCUUUUGUUUACCGCCGUAGUAGCUGUAUAGAAGAACGUAAUGUGUGCUGCAUCAGGCAGAUUUGGGGGCAUCAGGUGGCAGGACAGUCUCAAACAAUGAUGUUCUCCAUAGUGUGUAGAGCGAUCGUCUUCAGCUGCUGGGGCGGGGCCCACUAGUGGGCUGCGGCCUGAUCCAGGGUGGAUCGCCACAAGAGCAAACACGUGGUAAAAGAUUAAGAAAUAAAGUCCCCAAAUGCAUGUUUGGGUUAAAAAUAGUACCUAGGUCUGAAAAGGUUGAAGAUACCUGGAACAGAGAAUGUCUACGAAUGUAAAACCCUCUGAACGAACACAUCAACAUAUUUAUCUCUGAUUGGUUUAAAUUACCAACUAAGUUCAAGCUUUUUUAUUAUUGUGCGAGGCAGUUACAGUGAAAUGUAUAGUCUCUCCCCUGCAGAGUGAGACUUGCUUCCAAUUAACCAUUCAUAGGAAGUUGAUCCAACGCGAUCUAGAAAAGACUGGGAGCUUCUGAGUUCUAUGAGAUGUACAGUCCCACUUUUUAAAAAUUGGCUUUAUUCCCAGAGAAAUGUGUAGAGCAGACAUAGGGACCCUGAGAUAAUGUUGGGCUACAAUUCCCAUUAUCCCUGCCCGUUGGGCUUGCUGGCCUCGUGUACAUAUAGGAGAUAAAGCUCCUCGAGUAUUAACAUUGCACGUUCACUAUACAAUAAAUUCCAAGGAUUCCAAAAAAACUGAUGCUUGCUUCCUUGACGUGCGCGCGGAUGCCAGGGGUUCUAUUGCCCAGAAUCAACAAAUGCCUCUUGAUCAGGGACAAAAACAGCGGAGCAGCGUUUGAGACCUGCUUGCUUUUAAGCAGUGACAAGCAGCCGCCAGGCCAGCAGCGACGGAGCGUGACGCCCUCGCCCCGCCUUCGCUACCAGGCUGACCGGACAGGGGCGGGGUGGGAAGAGGAGCGUCCGGACUCCGCUUGUGCGUGGCGGGGGAUCUCGGAGGGAAGAUGAGCGCUGAGACGCUGACCCUGGACUGCAUCAUCCACCUGUUCUCAUACCUGGAGCCACCGGAUCUACUUAGAGCAGCCCAAGUGAAUAAGACAUGGAAUGAAGCUGCAGAGACCUCUUCUCUUUGGAGAAAUAUGUGUCUAAGACGAUGGGCCUUCUGCAAUAUCUCAGUGAUCCCAGGAAUGCAGACAUGGAAAAAGUACUAUCUCCACCGCUCUAAUCUUGAGCAUAAAAAGAUAUCUGGACGGCCUUCAGUUGACUACACAUGUAAAGCGAUGAGAGGACAUACAGGAACGAUAACUGGUAUGGCUUACCUAUCAGAGAACGAGCACACAUUUGCAACAGGAAAUGUCAAGUCUGUUGUGUGUACCACUUCUUCUGAUGGCACAGUCAGGGCAUGGAACGUCCAAGAGGGUACACAGAUUUGGUCAAGUCCCCAGCAGGAAAAUGGACUGCAAAACAUUGCCACGUUUCCUUCAGAUAAAUUGGUGGCUACAAUAGACUGUCAUGGGAUAAUCAAACUCUGGCAUGGAGAGACAGGGGAAGAGCUUGCAACAUUUUCAGUAUCAUCCUCAUCAUGCUCUGUGGUUGCCUACACAAUAAACAGCAAGCCAUUCUUAACGGUAGGCACCGGAGGAGGUAAACUCUAUACGUUAGCAGCUGCCGAUUUAAGCCAAAUUUCAUCCACACAACUGUUCCAAAACUGUGGCAUAGAUUCAUUGCUUUGUUCACCCGAUGGUCUAUGGAUAGUUGCUCGCCCUACAGAUAAUGCUUUACCACCAAAGGUGGUUUAUACACAUUCUGCAACUAAUUCUGUAGAUGAUGAAGUGUUAUCUAGUCCUCUUCCGAUCAGAGGUCAGUGCCUUGACACCUGCUGGUUACCCGCAGAACCCGCAAGAGUAGCUGUGCUGCAUAAUGAAGAGAUGAAUUUUCACAUUGUGAGCUUAGAUAUACACAUUGAGAAGAAGUCUAAAUAUAAAAUGAGUAUUACAGCUCGACAGGUUGCAGACUUCACAUUAGCAGCACAACUACGGAUUGGAGAGACGAUUAUGAAAGGAUUUGGCAAACAAACUAUUCUUUUAGCAACUGGACCAGAGCUGAAACUAUACACUCUGUCAGGAACUGAAUUAAUGGCUUUCAAAGAUCACCACAAUUCUAUUACAUCAAUCUGGGUGGAUCCUUUUCAUGUUGUCACAUCAUCCAUGGACCUCUCACUUCGUGUGUACUCCUGGAAAAAUGACAACAAAUCAUCUUUGCUGAACGGUCGCUACCACUUACUAGGAGGAUCCCACAGAUGGUCAAAUGGCUUUAGAAGUGUGGCUUGUGAUGAUGUGAGCAUUGUUGGUGUGGUGGCUGGAAAUGGAGACAUCUUAAGAGCAUACUCCUUUAACUUGUAAGACUUAAUGUUUCUCUCAUUUUAAGUCGUGUUAGUUUUGUUUGCCUGUCAAUUAACUCUAAAGUGAAUUCAUCAUCACAUGAUGCAGCCCAUGUGUAAUCUAGAGACAAAAUGUCAGUAUGAUUUAUAACAUUUCAUGCCACUUGAAAACAAAAGCAUGCAGUGAAAUCCAAGCUUUGAUGUUUUUAGAUCAACAAUAAACUAUUGAAGGGGU